AUAAUACUGUGUACGCACUAUACACGUGUGAUUGUAACUGACGGCCGAAUAUUAGGUCUUUGUCAGAUUCGUUACACACCAGUAUUCAUUAGCGUGAUGAAUUUUUGGAGUUGGGUCAUCAAUACGGCACGUAUAAUGACUUAGCUAAUUUCAAAUGAUAGUUUUAUAAUGUAUCCUGCGAAAACAAAGUUAAUGACGUCGCGUCAUUCUAUAAAACCUCAGGACCAUUUGAAUUGACGCCAAUUAAUUACCGAUUACCGCGCAUAAUAUUAUAUAUAUAUAAAAAAAAAUGUUAAGUAACGAUAAUUAAUUCCAAUGGAGAGAGUCUGAAAAAAGAAAUGAAUAGUAAUUCUGCUUAAUAUUUAUAUAUGCGAGACAUAGUAAUGUUGGUUGGAGUCGCAAUGUGGACAGAGAUAUAAAGAUCUUCUACAGAGAUAUAAAGAUUUUGUCCUGAAUUAUCUUUGUGUGUAUCCUGCGUUUCUUUUUAGAUUAAUGUAAAGAUGUUUUCAUUCGUGUACGAUUUGUGGCCAGCGAUGGAGGAUAUUAUAGUUGAAUACAUUGAUUUGGACUUUACAUUAUGGCUAUCAUGGUUGUUAAUGCCACUCCUCAUAACAUUUUUACUUCCGCUUGUAAUUGUGCUGCUGCUGUACUUAAAUACCUUAAUAAUAUACAUCUACAAGUUACACAGAGCUAGAUUAAGAAAUGCCUAUGGUACUGCUUGGCGAGAUGCAGCUCUACAUAUGAUGGCAGCUGUCUGGGAUGGACAUGGUUGGAUUUGGCAUGGAUAUGAAAUUCAGGGCUUAGAGAAUAUUCCGCAGGACAAACCAGUAUUAUUUAUAUAUUACCAUGGAGCUAUCCCGAUCGAUAUGUAUUAUUUUAUAUCUAAAAUAUUUCUAUACAAUUCCAAACUAAUCUGUACGGUAGGGGAUCGAUUUCUUUUCAAGAUUCCUGGUUGGUCUGUAAUUGCUGAUGUUGCGAAAAUUAUACCCGGUACAAUUCAAACAUGUUCCGCUAUUUUAAAAGAGGGAAAUAUGCUCGCUAUUUCCCCGGGUGGAGUAUACGAAGCUCAGUUUGGAGAUUCCUAUUAUGAACUUAUGUGGAAGAAGAGAAUGGGCUUUGCAAAAGUUGCUUUGGACGCAAAAGUGAAUAUAAUUCCUGUAUUUACGAGAAAUGUUAGAGAAGCAUUUAGAACGGUAAGUUGGGGAAGAAGAAUAUGGUUGAAGAUAUACGCCAAGACAAAAUUUCCUUUUGCACCAAUCUAUGGUGGUUUUCCGGUAAAAUUGGUGACUUAUGUGGGCAAACCCAUUCCAUACGAUGGGAAUCUUACACCCGAAGAGUUGCAGCUAAAGGUUGCUAAUACUCUUAGAGAUCUAAUAAGGAAGCAUCAAAAAGUACCUGGUAACAUAAUGCGAGGUUUGAUAGAAAGAAUACGUAAAGUAGAAGAAUAUGAGAAUUAAUAAUAAUCUGCUUUGAUGUAUGUAAUAACUAAUCCUUUUGAAAA